CACUCCGUUGCGGAUUUUGGUGCCACCUUACUGACGGAUCGAUGACUAUAGCUUUGUGCUGGAAUCACAAACAGGGGAUGUCGUUGUUUUUUCACCUUUACAACGUGUGGAUUAAUCAAUCUUGAGUGAUAGUCUUCUUUUGGGGUCGAUAACAGAACAUUGGAAGGAAGUUUAAAAGGUUAAAAUAUCUCCUGAUUACAAACAACUUAUUAAUCCAUCUUUCGAAGUAUAGACGAUCUACGGUGGAGCUAGCCGGCUAACUACUAGCUCAAAGAGACGCCAUUAGUUGGGAGAAAACCAGCCUUUCGUAUUAGGUAAAAGGGGGAAUUAGCUCACUGUUUAUACCCAGUCCCCCCACACCAGUUCGUAGAUAUUUUUGAAAGUCAGCUUCGCUUAUGCUGUCGAGGUGUUUAGUCCUCGUUUGGUGUGUUUUCCUAAAGUCGGAAGCUGAUGUGAGCUGCGCAGGACUUCAGUUCUGACGGGGUUAGCAUUAGCAGCGCUAGCUCGAUAUCGCUUGUUUAGAUAAAAAAAAAACCCGAGGACUUCUUUAUUUAACUGCCUGCUAUGGCUGCCGGGGGGACGGGCGGCAAAACCUACUCGUUCAAGGUGGUGCUGUUGGGGGAAGGCUGUGUGGGGAAGACGUCUCUGGUGCUUCGAUACUGCGAGAAUAAAUUCAACGACAAACACAUCACAACUCUACAGGUAAGACACACAGGAAGCUAAUGCUAACUCAGGUUAGCCUGAUAAAAAAGCAGACCUGACACACCUGCCUCAGAAGGUGUGUCAGGUGGAGAACCUGUUAGCUUUUUUUUCAGUGGAAAUGAAAGCUCAGGGUGGCAGGGAUGCAUCUAAGGGGGCGGCCAGAGGUGGCAUGAGCCCCCCGUUGGAAUUUGAUUGGCUGUCCCAGGUGCCAUUCUAAAAGCUUUAACUAGCUAAGUUGAAAUUACAAGUACAAAAAGAUGGGUUAAAGCAAUAAUUAGAAACUGCCUUAAAGUAUUGUCUAAAAUUCUCAGGUAACCACAAGUUACCUUCAGCGUAUAAACUUAAACUCAUUCCCCAUUUUACUGGUAUUGUUGUCAAAGUCCAGUAUAACCUCACAAUUGAACAUGCUCUGCUGAUAGUUGCAUCAGUGCUGCAAGCUUGAAUUGGAAAGUGGAAAUCAAUCCAGUGUGCAGUGAGGUUCAGCAGUGACGUGGGACAAAUGUCAGAGCCAGAGAUGUUUGUUUUGAAAGUACCAGCAGUCACAUUAGGUUUUAAAUUGCCUCUAAGUCACCAGGUUUAACAGCUCCUGUAAAGGGGAAGUGUCUAAAAUGUUGUGUUGAGGUGGAAGGACUUACCGUACACACUAAAGACGACAAAGACCUCCAUUCUGUUGUUUAGGGUGAUGAAUUUAACCACCUUCUCUGUUAUCUCUCUGGCCUUUUUGCUCUUCAAAGAUAUUUAUACUUCCUCUUUAGACCACAGAGAGGCCACAGUGAGAACACUUUAUUCCGCUCCGAAAUAAUCACGUUAGACUGUUUUUACUCUGUACUUUAAAGUGUCUCCACACUGCUGACAUUUUUGCCACAGGAUUGCGAGUGCAGAGCUAGUUCUGCAUUUACAUUCAGCUGUAAAUUGUACUCGGUAUGACAGCUGACUUAAACGACUCGGGUGAGACGAUUGUCCCAGAUGGAGCUCAGCUCUGAGAUAGUCAGCACCAACGACACUAACACUAUCAGAUCCAGAAACAAUCCUGUGUGAUGUACCGACUUACUGUAAAAUCCACUCGCUUUGUGAGACCAGCAGCUUUCUGUCAAUAAACUCUAUAUGUUUUUUCGUGGUGUCACCCAGCAGCUUUUCUUGGGGUUGGUUGAUAGUGAUUUUUCUGGGUCAAUAUUGAUACUGGAUAUAAGUAGUUCAGGAGACUGAAAAAUGAUGUUUUGAACAGAUGUGCAUUUACAAUAUAAAAGUAAAAACUUCCCCACAUUACAAAGUCAUAGGAACAAUCAAAAUUUAGCCAAUUAGAGAGUCUGAGGACGACCUAGAGAGAGAGAGAGUGAAUUAGAGAGUGUUGUGGGCAGGACAUAAGGUCAUAGCAGAAGAUCAUUACAGGCAAGGAAACUGACCCAGACACUUAAAAGUUUCCCACUUUUUUAACUCAUUUUAUUGUCUAUCCUGAAAAUGAAUGGCUGACACAGAUAAUCGACGCAAUACUUUAAUCAGCCCCAGAAAAUCCGUGUAUUCAGUGUUUCGAGACUGUCUGGAUCCAAUCUCUCAAAAACAAAGAUAAUCUGUGAUAAUGUUUUAAUUUAAGUGAUAUUGUGUGAUACCAGUUGUUAGCAGGCUAUGCUUAUGGGAGGCUGCUGUCUGCUGUGGUUCAGUAAUUGUACCUGAUGAGUCUACAUUCUCAAACUACAUUUGAUUAGUGGAGAAAGUUAGAGUAAAUAAAUGAGACAUUUGUCCACCCCUUGUGAGAGUCAGCGCUCCAGUUUGGCCGCCCCAUCAAAAUAAGACUUGACACACCUCUGUGAGGCGGUGGAGUUGUUGCGUCAGGGUGCGGGUGUUUUUGUUGCUGUCACUUGUGUGUGAGUGUUCCACGUCGUGCGUCCCGGGUUGCUCGGGGUCAGGGGCUUAUUGCGAAACAGAGACGGUGUUGUGUCUGAAAUAGAAGCUGACCACGUAGCUGUGAUUCUCUGAGACGACAGAGGUGAAAUGUAAUCACACCUGCAGAGAAGUACAACCCCGAUGUGAGUGAGAACAACACAGAGGAACAGCCACAAACUCUGUUAAUAAUCAAUGUUUUCUUCAUCAAUAAUUGAGCGUAUUCCUCGGCCUGAUUUUAAAUAGUCAGAGAAACAGAUUUCUGCAGCAGUGAUGGAGUAAACAGCGCUGAGUUUCCCAUCACAACAUUAUUUCUCCCCAUUUGUUCUCCCCUUUAACUCGACAUUUUACAUCUGACACCAUAAAAAGACUUCAGUUAAAAUAAAAAACAGACAUAGUUUCUCCUUUUCCUUGUUUGUAUAAUGGUAGAAUUAAAGUAACUGUUAAACCUCUAAAGUACAUGAACCAUCAGACAAAUAACCAUGAAGUUUCAGUUACACUUCCUCAUGCCUACCUGCAGUCUCCUCUCAGUUUCAGUUAGGUUUAAUUUAACAAAUGUAAAAACUCCCUGGUAUUUUUUUGUUUUUUUUUAAAGAGGAGAGAGAAUGUCUCUUUUGAUUCGACCUACAGGAGAUUAAAGAUGGUCAGGUUGUUUUGUGUUAUCCCGUGGACAGUGACCUUUUACAGAGAAAGUGGAGAUAUCAGACUUUCUCACAGCGAACUUAAUUUUCAUAAUGAAUCCGUAUCGUCGUGACUCAGUGUUGUCGAGCCGAUAACAAGCUUUCACAGUCUGUGUUUGUUUGCAUAUCUUAUUUCAGUCUCUCUCACAGGCAGCUGCUCUGUGGAUCUGUUUCUGUUUUGGUUGUUAAUCUGCUGCGAUCAGGUUUCAGAUUCGUCUCUCUGACUCCAGAAGGGAGAAAUCCAGGAAGUAUGAUGCAGCGUUUCCAUGUGAGCAUCCAAUGAUGGAGCGCCAGUAAUGACUUGCAGCCUGAAUCGAUCACCCCGUCGUGUUUGCAGGGCAAUGCUGCUGCUUGUUGUUGUUAGAGAUGGUGUGACGUUUAAACGCCUCAGAUCCUCUGACGUCCUCAGGUUUUUUUUUUUGUUGGCGCUUGGGGCUGAACUUUCCCAGAAUUCCUUGUGUUGUGUUUGCUUUAAGGAUGAAGUGGCUGCGGAUGGAAAAUGCUGGAAAAACAAACACUUUUGCUCAUAUGUUGUUGAUUUUCGGCUGAUCUGUUUCUGCUCUGUUGGAGUCAAGAGUGUAAAACUGGAAUUAAACAGAGACAUAGUUUUUAUGGAAUGAUCUUUGUUCACAGAGAUGUCACUAACUAUGAUGCUUUAAAGUCUCAUAAUUUUGGUGUUCAAACUUAUACGCUGCUAUAAACAAACAGAUGACGUAAUAAAUGCCGCAAUAUCGCAGGUCGGGAAAACGUCGGUGAUGUGAACGCUUGUAUUGACAAAAAAAAUAUUGACGUCUGAAAUAAUCGCACGACAAAAACGGUCCCGGUGUGAAAGGACCUUUACUCUAACCUUAGCUUGCAUAUUACAUGGUGCUGCCAAUUACUGAUUAGUCUCAAACAAGCAAAAAUUGGCCGAUAUAAUUGGCUCGCCGAUAAAUCGGUUGGGCCCUAGAAAACAGCCUCCUCUGAGAACAUCAACUGGUAAUUUAUUGAUGGUCCCUUAUUCAACAUCCGACGGUGACAGCGAGGAUGCUGAGUAGAUGUAACCGCGCUGCUGUUGCUAUUCCCGGUUAUAGAGAGUGAGAGGACACCAGUGGAUCCACAAUGAAUGUCUGUCUGAUAUCCAACCUAAGACUAAAUUCACUGCAGAAUUUACACGAAAAAACAUUUGUUGCCUCGGCUGAUUUUUCUUUUUUUUUGUGCACAUGUGCCCCUAAAUACGUUUUACAAUUCACACACAUCUACUUAUAGUGAAAUGGUCGCACUGUCGAGCCUGUUACAUCAGCGAGAGAUCAAGUAAAUAGUAAUAACAUGUCGGUCAGUUGUGUCUGAUUAAACUGGUGUACAACUGCUGAACCAGAGUCAUGAGAAAUCAGCUCAAAGGAGGAGUGAAGGCUGGUGGUGCUACUUCUGCAGUUGGUAGCUACACCCUGCAAACCAGUUUAAUUGUUUACUCAACUCUGUGAACCUGUGUUAGAUAAGGUCAGAUAAGUUCUGCUUGAUUUUGUUAGAUGUCUGAGUGAGUCUAAUUGGAAAGGUGUAAAGGACGAUGGGUGUGUCAUCUCCUCAGGCAUGUAGAUGGAAGAAGUAAAUACAAUGCUGUGAUGAUGAAGUCCUCAGAUGACUCGACUCAGCUAUGUCUGAGACUGAAGCAGUUUCUAAAACCACAUGAUGCGUAGUAUUUCUACAGGCCACAGAUAUCAUGAAUGCAUUUGUAUUUUUGACCUCCUGCCCAGAGGUGCAUCCUUGGAUCCCAAGAUGUAGUUACUCUAAAAGCAUUAGAAAAAAUGAGUUUUUGUUGCCGUUUCUGCUCAGAGAGGACGCACAAAUUCUCCAAAACUGAGCGGAGAGAUCAGUCGCCUCACAGCACGAGCUCUGCGUCAUUAAACUGUCAGUUUGUCAUGAGAUUAUUCAGAGUGGAAAGUUUCUGUCUUUACAUAUUUUCCUCUCAUGCAGAUAACUUCUCUUGGCUUUUAUAAUACCUCAGAUGUUUCCCAUAUUUCCCCAGUCAGUGUAUUUUUAUUCCAGGAUUAGAUAAAGCAAUAUUUCUGUCUCUAAAGAUGCUCACUGUGUCAGGAUUAUGAGAUCAUAAUGUCAUUAAAUUAAGCCCUGACUCAGCCAAGAGGCAUGCAACUUUUUUCUCAAGGAGUACGUGGACUCCUCAAAACGAUGACUUUGGAGCCAAUAACCAACCUUUGUGUUUGCAAAAUUUAAGCCAAUUCAAAUGCAAAGAAAACUGCAGUUUCGCAGCUGUCCACCAGACCAAAAGUGAGUCAACUCUCAUUGAGCCCUAUGGACAUUUUUACGCAUUCGACUCUGCUGCAGAAAAAAACACGUUCACAGCCGUGUAUUCAUAAGAACUGUACAGGGACAGGGACUGCGGCUUUGUUUUUGAAAUUUAGUCACCAGCUACCAGCUGCAGCUACAAACAUAUUCGCAAAACUAGACUAGAGGUAGAGCAAAUGUCUGCAUAACUGUGAAGGUCCUUACACACUGGGACUGAUGCAAAUAUACGAUGUGAAAUUAUGAAAUAUUCGGCGGUGAAUUCUGAUGCGCCUGACUAUAAACAUCAAGCCCGAUGCAAUUUUGCGACUUUCCGGGGGGGAAAGAGAAGCAUUCUGGGUGGAAGCGAGAAGCCUGCUGCAAUAUCGCAGGACAGGAAAGCGUCGCUGAUGUGAACGCUUGUAUUGACAGGAUACGGGUUUGAAAAAAAAUUAUUGACGUCUGAAAUAAUCGCACGAAAAAAAUGCUCCCGUUGUGAAAGGACCUUUAGCCUCGAUAAAAUCGAAACAAAUACAAAAAAGUAAAGAACAGCCUCGACAUUCUUAGCUAGUCGAUUCAUAUUUGUUUUGCUAUGAAAAUCGGCAUCUUACAACAGGACGUAAUUGGUUUCCUUGGCAUUUGUGUCAACCCCUUGUGGUUAUUCAGCGAAUUGCAAUUUUUUGCACACUAUGUAUGACCCUUAUUUUUUAAUAUACAGAUAACAGCUUCAGGGAUUCACCAAAACACCGCCCCAUGACUCUUUUCUUUAGCUGUUUUUUCACGUCAAUAAAAACCCUGAUACUGUUUUAUGUUGUAACCGCCUGCAUGUUGGGCCUGGACCAAACAUAAUAUGACAUCUUUUAUGACUUCCUUAUCGUAUAAUGUGUUCAUAUCUCUGCAUUAGUCGCUUUCUGCUGUCAGAGUCAGAGCUGAAUGUGACACUUGUUUUCGCUGUCGUUUCAUUCGCUGUUUAUUUUCCAGAACAAUCCAUUUACUGUUUUAUCUUAAACAAUAUCUGUCAGUUUUGUGUCGCGUGGUGUGACUCCUUCAGAUGACUUUUUAUUGUCUGACAAGCACAAAAAAAGAGAAAUGUUAGAGCGUAUCAGAAAUGUCAGAGCGAUCAAAUUUACAGCUUUGAGGAUGAAUUUGAAAAAUAUAUAAUAAACCUUAUAAACCUAAUAAUAAUGCAACUUGUAUUUCCAGUUUUAUUGAAUUGACCUACCUAAUAUACAGUUUACAUGUAGUUUAAUAGAGCAAUGCAUUUGUGUCUGCAGGAUCCUCAUUUGUUUAUAUUACUGUCUUUAAAAAUGAGCAUUUUAGCCGCUCAGAAAUAUUAUCUUGAUAACGUAUUUCACUGUGGUCGAAUAAUUUUAGGUUUUUAAUAAUCAGUCGGCUAGUUUGCUGUAAUCUGAUGCAACAUAUCCCUAAAGAUCAGUGUUUUUUAGUUACCUCCUUUAGAUAAUUCAUUUUUGAGCAAAAAUAUGUCUCUAAAAAAUGACUGUAAUGUUUAAACUUUGGGAGACAUUGCCAAACACAUUGAGGAAUUUUUACUCCUCGAUUUUGUCAUAAAAACUCAAAAUAAAACCAAAUUGGAGAUUUUUCUAAAAGUUUAAACUUUGUAAAUUUGUCAGACAGAUUUUUAGAGUGAAAGUGCAAAGAAUGAAAAAAAACAAACAAACCUCUUUUGACGUGUGUGCUCAGAUUCUAACAAUGCUGUGUUUUUUUCUUUUCUUUUGCGGUUGUGUAACACUUCACCUGUGUGAUGACGCACUCUGACGAUGAUUCAUGAGUCUGCAGACCACACAGUCAAGGAUUGAGGGUUUUUUUCAUGUGAAGAAAAACAAUCUGAAAUGAAACAUUGACAAUUACAUUCAAUGUGAUCUGCAGUUUUUUUCCUUCUUUAAUGGUUUUAAAAAGAAUAUAUAAAGUUUUUAAAUAGAGGGAUGCACCAUACCAAUACCAAUGAUACCAAUGAAACCAAUGAUAUGUUACUGUAUCCUUCAUUUUAAUAAAUUAUAGCCUGUUAUUACAACGUUGUCCUAAAAAUGUACAACUUUAAUCUCCUGAAAUAACAAGUUGAUGCUUGUAAGUCUAAAAGUUUAUUCUCAUAAAUGUAGGAGUUAUGUAUGUAGGUUUACUGCUUCAUUUUCUCGAUAAUGUGGGACUGAGAUUGUUCAGAUUUCCAGCCUUAUCUUCGACUUUAGUCUUGUGAGAUUAUGAAUUUAUGCUCUUUAAAAAAACAUAAAACAUAACUUGCAUCUUGUAAUAUUACGACUCUGUCCUCUGGCGUCAGUUCUCUUUAGUUGUUGUAGGCUUUAUUUUUUAAAAUGAGAAAAACCAAUACUUUAUUUAUUUUAUUACCUGUGAGACUUAAAUAAAUUAUAUUCAAUCUGUAUUAAAUGAUAGUGAAAAACACGUUGAUUCUUUCAUAUAUUUUAUUAUUUUUAAGAUGCAGCAGUUAUAGCCCCAAGUAGUUGUCCAAAAUAUUAUCUAAUUGGUUUGCUCAUUCACAUAAAAUUUAAAUGUUCUUUAGUAUUUUUUUAAUUCUUUUUUUUGCUGAGACUUGAAUUGUUUAGACCUUUUUGCUGCUUCUCGACCAAAUGUGCACAGACUUAAUCUCUGAUAACCACCCAUUAAAGUUUAUGUUCAUCUUUUAUGUUCUUUAAAGGUGAAAAUAGACUUUAUUCCCCAGAAGAAAUUCACAGAAUGUUUAAAAACUACUAUGAAACUUUAUAUUCACAGCCUGAGAAGGCUGACGAAGAGAAAAUAAAACAAUUCCUGUCUUCACUUGAUCUCCCCUCAAUAGGCUCAGAACAAAAUGGAUAUCUGACCGCCCCGAUCUCUAAAGACGAAUUGGAUAAAGCCAUAGGUAGACUGGCGUCUAAUAAGAGUCCUGGGAGCGACGGAUAUCCAAAUGAAUGGUACAAAAAAUUCAAAGAAGUCCUAGCUCCGAUAUUACUGGAAUCAUUCAAUUGGACUCUUGAGAAAGCUAUAGCACCACCGUCCUGGAAGGAUGCUGUGAUAACCGUCAUUCCCAAAGAGGGGAAAAACAAGGAAUACUGUGAGUCAUACCGCCCAAUAUCGAUUUUGAAUGUCGAUUACAAAUUGUUCACAUCCAUAAUUACUAAAAGACUGGAAUGUUUUCUGCCUGACCUGAUACAUGAAGAUCAAACAGGCUUUGUUAAGGGACGCCAAACACAGGACAAUAUCAGGCGCACCCUCCAUAUUAUAGAUCACGUUAACAAACAUCAUACAUGUGCUGCCCUGAUCAGCUUAGACGCCGAAAAAGCGUUUGACAGGGUCAGCUGGGAUUUUUUAUAUAAAGUAUUAGAGAAAUUGGGAUUUAAUGAUAAAUUCAUUAAAUGCAUUAAGGCAUUGUAUACUGACCCAUCAGCUAGAGUCAAAAUUAAUGGACACCUGACAGACACCUUUAAGCUGCACAGAGGGACACGACAAAGGUUGUUGUGCUAGCCCCGCCCUUUUCGCAAUCUUCAUAGAGCCACUCGCCCAAGCAAUUAGACAGGAAGAUGAGUUGACAGGAAUCAUGAUAGCAAGAGAUGAGCAUAAAAUAGGGUUAUUCGCUGAUGAUAUAAUCACCUACCUUCAAAACCCAAAUUCAACAUUUACCAAACUAGUAAAAAUAACAGAAGAAUAUGGAUCAAUGUCAGGCUACAAACUAAAUAUGUCUAAAACUCAGGUUUUAACUUUUAACUAUAAGCCAAAUAAAAAAUUCAGGAAGAAAUAUAACUUAAAUUGGAAUGCUAGGUCAAUUAAAUACCUAGGAGUGAUAAUAACUCAGGAACUUGACAGAACUUAUGAGACAAACUACAAGCUAAUAAACAAUAAAAUUCAAAGAGAUGUAGCAAAGUGGUCAACACUAAUAAUGGACUUCAGCUCAAGAAUUGAGGUGGUCAAGAUGAACCUCCUGCCUAGGUUGUUGUAUCUUUUUCUGUCGCUCCCAGUUCGAAUACCAGACGCACAAUUCUCAGCAUGGGAUAAGCUAAUAUCCAGAUUCAUUUGGGCUGGAGCCAGACCGAGGAUAAGACUCAAGACCCUUCAGCUAGACAAAGAAAAUGGAGGAUUGGCACUGCCAGACUUAAGAGGGUAUUAUUAUGCAGCACAGUUAAGAUAUGUUGUGUAUUGGUGCUCUCAGAAUUAUCAAGCCCGAUGGAAGGACAUUGAGAUGAGCCAAGGCCAAGCCCCUCCACAGUCAAGGUUAAGUGGGAAAGAAUACAGAGACCUUAAGGGAGAAAACUUGAUCGUGAGAGGAACAUUAGAAAUAUGGUAUGAGGUGGUGAAAAAAUAUAAAUUAACAGGAGAUUGUAAACUGUUGAUUUGGCCCUCUUGCACCUCUAGGUUCAGACCAGGAAUGUUAGAUAAGACCUUUGAAAAGUGGAGAGACAAAGGAAUAACAGCCACAUGUACACUUAUAGAUAAGCAACAUUUCAAAUCAUUUACAUCGCUGAAAAAUGAGUUUGGAUUAGAAAAUGAAGAUCUAUAUAGAUAUUUCCAAUUAAGACACUUUUAUGAGACAGAAGUUAAGAGGGAAAUUUCUGUGGAGGGGAAUGAUGUGAUCGAAAUAUUAACAGGCGCGUUCAAGCAAACCCCCUUAAGAAUUGUCUCAAAGCUAUACAAAGGUUUGUUGAAGCAACAGGGAAAAAACACAAUGUAUAUAAAAGAGAAAUGGGAAAAGGAACUCGGCAUUGAAUUAUCUGAGAGUGAUUGGCAGACCAUGCUCAAGACCCAACAUACAUCAACAAGUUCUAAAACAUGGAGGGAGUUCGGUUGGAAAAAUUUGACACGUCUAUUUAUUACACCAAAAAUCAAAAAUAAACAAUUAGGUCAACAACAGCACUGUUGGAGACAAUGUGGGCAACUGAAUGCCAACCACUCUCAUAUAUUUUGGUCAUGUACGAAAAUACAGACAUUUUGGGAUGAGGUCCUGAGAGUCAUGGGUAAAGUUUUUGGAUAUAAUUUACCCAAAGAUCCCCGGUUUAUUUAUCUUGGACUGAUAUUAGAAGAUGUAAUGGGUAAAGAGGACAUAUACCUGUUCAAGAUCCUAUCUCUUGCAGCUAAGAAAGCCAUCACAAGAACUUGGCUAAGAACUGAUCCACCUGAACUGAGUGACUGGCUGACCAUUGUAGAGGAAAUCCGAUCAAUGGAACAAAUGACUUACAGACUACGAAUUAAAGCUGAGCUAUAUGCUGUAAGAUGGACUAAAUGGCACCUGUAUGUAACUGAGUAGUGUUUGCCCCCCUUGUUCUUGUUCUUGUCUUGUUUUGUUUUGUACAAUAUUUGCGUGUAUGUUUGAAAGUUUGCCUUAAAAGAUAAAAAUAAAGUUAAAAAAAAAAAAGAAAAUAGACUUUAUUCAUACAUCAGUUUAGGAUUUUGCAUGACAGGACAAGGAUGAAAACACUUCAGGGCUAGGUAGGAAAAUAAAUCUGGGCGUUAUAAAAUGAAAGAAUUAUAUCAAUAACUUCAACACCUAAAAAAGUGCUAAAUGCAAAUAACAUUGUGCGGUUAUGUUGAAUGAAACAGCACUGAAGGAUGAUAAAACUGAUGUAAAAAAUAAAGUUAUUUUAAAGAAGGAGACAAAACAAACAAGGCUUUAGCUAAUAAUCCUAAGAGAACAGAAAUAACAGCGUAAAUCUGUUUGGUUUGACCUUAUUUAAGGGUCAGAGCACAUGUUCAACAACACACCCGGUCAGCUGAUGGAGCUCACACACAUUCAUACACUCCAUCCUCCACAUGAACACACUUCAAUCCUGCUCACACACUCGCAUAACUCUGUCUCUGUGAGUCUCUGAGCCCGCAGAUAUUUGAACCUUCCCACUGAACCGUCAUAUAAAUCAGUACGAGGAUGUAUGAUCGACCUUUGACCUAAAGGGACUUUGACCUAGUGGGAAUUUAUCAGAGCUGCAUUCAAGAAACUCUCUCAGGUUUAGAUAAAACUAUAAAACACGCCGUAGUUUGAUGUUAGUGUUUGUAAAAUCACCUGAAAGAGUCGCAGACCUCAGCUGUGAAGAAACAGCAUCAUUUUCAGCGGACUGUAAAUAUUUACUGUGGCUGAAAUUCAGUUUUUUAUCACUGGGAUUGUCUGUCUUUCCUCUUCACAUGGUUAUACAAAUGAUCAGACAUCCUUGUUAUCUUUAAAACCAGCUGAAGAUAAGAUAAAGCUGCAUUUGAAUGCCAAAAUUACAAAGUUACAGUGAAGCCAAAUCAGAGUUACGCCCAGGUACAUUAAAAUGAACUGUGCUGGUGAUUAUUUUACGCUUUUAAGCACAUUUUAAAGGUUAUUUUGAUCAAUAAAUCUAAUAUUAUGAGAAUAACCACAACAUGAAGAAUUUCAUUUGAUCUGCCACCUAAGGAGAAGCAGAAUUAACAUUUUAAAGCACCAGAAAGUGAAUCUUAUUUCAUAUUUUGGUCAAAAUAUGAAAAUGCUGAUUAUCAGGUGUGCUAGAAAAUAUUUUUAUAAUGUGUUUUUUAUGAUUAAUGUUGCUUUGACGUGUUUAAAAAGCCCCUAAAUUUCCUCAUUAGUGUCCUCAUACUUACUAAAAGAAGCGGCACAAUCAAUUAUUUAAUUAACAGAUUGUUCAGGUGAGGUUUUAAUUUGCGUGAAUGUGCGUUUUGCAGGUGUCAGCUCAUGGGUAAUAAUUUUUUUUUGAUAAUCCUGAUAUCAGCAUCAAUCAAAAUAAUCAUAAUUAGGAUUUUUGCAACAGUGGAGCAGCCUCAGUGUGAGCGUAAUGAUUCAGUCCCCUGCAGGUCGAUCUAAAUUAGAUACUUUGAAGUUAAACCCCCCUAAUAAGCAGGAGAGACGUGAAGAUUGUGUUCUGGCAAUAAACAUUUAAAAAAAGAAUAAACCCACCAUAUUUUCUCUGUCAUACUUUGGACGUUUCAUUGAUGACAAUUUCAUAAAAACAUGUAAAACAGACGGUAAAAUGUUGAGUCUGCUUCCUUCCUCUUUCCCUGUCAGUUCAGUAGGUCAGUGCUCAUGUGCUGCAUCAUAGUGCAUGAUUAUGUCAAUAAUUAUAUUAAUGCAUUUAAAAAUUUAGUUUAAUGUAAUUUGUCGAGUUUUGUUGCUGGUUCAUCGAGGUUAUGCUGUUCAGAGUUCAUGUCUGAUCGCUGUUAUUUCUGGUAUUCUGUGCACGUCCCAAAACGCGUGAGCUGUACAGUUGCAGAGAUUUAAACAGAGCCUCGUAAUGACUCACAUAAUGACUCCUCACUCAAUUUAUUCCGUCUCUAAACCAUAAAGAUGAUGAUGAUGAUGGUGUCCUCUUCCUCCUCUGCAGGCGUCCUUCCUCACAAAGAAGCUCAACAUCACAGGAAAGAGAGUUAACCUGGCCAUAUGGGUAAGAUUUGUCGGCGCUGUCGCAUCACAAACAUGCAGUAAAAACAAAAUACAAACAAUUUUAAUCAUCUUUGUGCGUUUUUGUUCGUUUUCAGGACACAGCAGGUCAGGAGCGUUUUCAUGCGUUAGGUCCAAUCUACUACAGAGACUCCAACGGAGCGAUUCUAGUCUACGACAUCACAGACGAAGACUCCUUUCAGAAGGUAACGCCUUACCUCACACUCUGACUUUUCAUUCAUGCUAAACUUCAAAAGAUUUAGGAUCUUACUUUUGGUUUAAGUCCGGACUUAAGGUGUCUGUUUUUGUUGGCAGGUGAAGAACUGGGUGAAGGAGUUAAGGAAAAUGUUGGGGAACGAGAUUUGUUUAUGUAUAGUAGGUAAGUGGAAGUUCACUCUUGAAAAACACACCCUUGUUAACCCGUUAAGACCUGAACCCUGUCCGAGACACGCCUCUGCAAAGACAACAUGCUAAAUGUUUAAACUGAAACAUUUAACUUUUUUAAAUGAAAAAUUUUGACCAAUUUCAGAAUAAUGUUCCUAAGUGUAAAAUGUCAAAGAAUUAGUGGAUCUCAUUAUCUACAGUGAAUAACAUCAUUAAAAGAUUCAGAGAAUCUGGGGAAAUUUCUGUACAAAAGAACCAAAACCACAACCAAAGUCAGAAACUCUAUAAUGGAAGUCCCCCUAUGGGCUUUAAAGUAUCACCACAUCCAAAAAUGCAGGUUAAAACUGUACCGCACAGAGGAAACAAGAUAUAAACACAAUCCAGAAAUGAAAAUUUUACACAUUUUUUAAAAUCAUGGAUGUCUUGUCCUCUGAGAGAGAAUGGGAUGAUCCAAUAUUUCAUAUCCUUUCCCAACUGCUUUGGAAUUAGGUGGUUAUAAUAAGCUGUAAAAAGUUGUUGCUUGAGUUGUACAAAAGGAAAAAAAGGAUAAAGAUUUCCAUUUUUUUGUCACCGUUUGUGUAGUCAGUGACAAAUUAAACUUCAUGCCGAGUUGAAAUAUGCUGAGAAUGUGAAAUUAUGUGAGCAAUUUGUCACUCAGAGCUGUUUUUUUGAUCAAACUUCAUGUCUUAAUGUGACAAAAUAUCAAGAGUUUAAGUUUGGUAAUCGUGUCUUCAAUAAAUUUUUGAGGUGAAAUGACCAACAAAACUUUUUGAAUUUAGUGUUACAGAUUGUUGAGAAAUAAAACAUCAAGAAUUAGGUUAUUAUACAUAAAUACACAAGAAUAAAUGCUGAUUUUAGCCAUAAAACCGGCUAUUCACUCUUUAAAAAGAAGAAAGUUGUUUAAAUACUGAAUCUCUGAGAGUUAGAAGUUAUUUUAUCUUCGGCCUCAGCAGCCACCAUUUUGGGAGGUGAUUCUCGGUUUGAUGUCUGAGCUUGUUUACAUGUUUGUUCUGUUGCCGUGGCGUCUAAAUAUGUAGUUAUUUAUCUGUUUUGGUUUCACCAAGGAAAAUCUGAAAUGUUUUAAGUGGAUUAUCUUGUUUUGAUGCCUAUCUGCUCAUCAUGAGUUUUAUCGUGGGCCAGACAUAAAUCGAGAAUCUGCUGUUUGAUAAUGUGAUUUUAGUGUUUUUCAUACUGCAGUAAAUCACAUGAGGACAUUUUUCAAAGAGAUUUUAUUACAUUAAAAUCUGAGUUUCUGUUUGAAGUCCUCUGAGCCGAACUGAGGAUGACGACGUACCUGUUAAAUCAACGAUAUGUGUGCUUCUUUCUUUCUCUCUGCAGGUAAUAAAAUUGAUUUGGACAAAGACAGACAUGUUUCAGUGGAAGAGGCCGAGAGGUAAAGUCUGAACAAACACAAAGAGGGUGAUGAAUUUAUUUCUGGAUGUGACUCGAGGUCAUUAUUCGCCUUUUAUUCGCCUCUUUUUUCUUCCAGUUACGCCGAGUCAGUGGGAGCCAAACACUACCACACAUCAGCCAAGUUAAAUAAAGGCAUCGAGGAGCUCUUUCUGGAUCUCUGUAAAAGUGAGAAAAACACAAAAGCUGAAAGGUUGAAGAGUUUAGAGUGUGGAGCUUAUUUAUUUUUGUGUCUGAACCCGACAAAAGAAAAUAUCCGACGGACAGAAGAGAAGAUAGAUUUUGCUUUUAGUUUAUUUAUGAAGAAACAAUCUCCAAACCGAAGUUCAACACAAUACAGACAAACUUUAUCAAAACCCAAAAGCAACAAGGCGUCAGGUUCAAGUCCCGGGCCAGGUGGAGUUUAAGUUUGGGAAUAGGCUGAAAUACUUAAAGGUGGGGUAGGCAGGAUCUGAGGAAGUUCCAGUUUUUAGGAGAAAUCUUGAAUGUAAACUCUACCCCUCCCAACCAGUUUUCCCCUCAGCUCCUCCUCUCCCCUCCCUCUCCGCUCCAGCAAGCCCCGCCCACAAACAGACGCUCCUGCUCGCUCGUAUCGUUCCAAUUAAAUUCAGAUAUAAUAUAGAUAAAUACUUCAGAUCAUUACAAAUGGGGCCCAGUCAACAUGAAAGUAAAAAGCAUUGGUGCUACUGUAGAUGCCAACAGACUACCAGCAAACACAAUGUUUGUAGGACUUCUACAACUAGGAUAAAGUGACAUAGUCCAGGACCCGAGGGAGGACAGUUUAGCCAACUUUCUGGUUGGUUUCUACUGUCCGAUAUUGUAGCACGCUAACUUUGUUUGGGCUCCUGAACGACACGGGGGAGCAGCGUCUGCCUCACAACCAAUCAGGUCGGGGGAGGCGAGGACUGGCUUUGUUUACAGAAAGAGCGGGCCACUCUGAAAUUUUAAAAUGUUGACCGUACAGACAUUAAACUCAGCGAUAUCAUUAAAUAACCAAAUGUCAUCAAUAACUAAUAGCUAUUGACUGAUGUUAAAAGUUUUUUUGUAUAUAUUCCUUCCUACCUCACCUUUAACAAGCUUGGAUAUAGUUUUUGUUUCUUUUGUUUUUCUGUCAGUAAAAGUGUUUUAAUUUUAAAGCUCCUGUGAGGAACUUUCAGUUUGUGUCAAUUAUGGCGCCCCCUGUGGACAAAGCAGUCUUUAUCAUGUCUUUUACAAUAUGUUCUCUGGAAAAAAGAUUAAAUUCUGACGUCUUUUAAUGGUGAAAUGUAUAAUUUAUUGUAUAUAUUUAGAGCAAAUGGUCUUGUUUGUUUUGUUUUCUCAAAAAAAACAACUUAAUUUGAACUUAAGUCUAUAUUACAAAUCCUAAAAGUCCUCACAGGAGCUUUAAAAGCAGAUAAAAUAUCAUUUAGUGGGUAAAAAUGUAAAUUAAAAGAGGUUUAAGUUUUUUUUUAAUGUCCUUCUGUUUUCUUUUUUUGUGAUCCAGGGAUGAUGGAAACGGCUCAGGCAGACGAAAGAUUGAAGGGCAACGGAGCCAGCCAAUCAGCAUCAAGUAGGCGGGGCGUACAGAUUGUCGACGACGAACCGCAAGCCACACCCGCUGGAGGUUGCUGCUCUUCUGGCUAACACACACACACACACACGUGCGCUUACACACACACACAUUUCCACUCUCUCUCUCUCCGUCAUACAUGCUUGCAGACAUAUUCUCACAGUGUCGGCUCUAAAGUCUUUAAAUUAAUACUUUAAAAUGUUUCUGUUCAUUCAGCGCCGCCUCUGCUGCUAAGGAGCAUGGGAAAUCUAUUUAAAUGGUUUUAUCUUUGUUCCCUUCAAAAUAAAAGUAACUUAUGAUUAAAAGGAGUGUGCUGUCAGAGGUUGAAACUUGAUGAAAAUCACAUUUUCAGCUCUUUGAUUUCUGUAACUUUCAGUGUCGGAGACAGAAACGCUGACAGACGGUUUCUAACAGUUUUCAUCUUUAGAUACUAAAACAAAAAUAAAAAUAACCGAGGAGAGAAAGUAACGGCUCAGACUUCAGCAGAGAUUUAGCUUUGUCCUUUAUUUGUUCGGGGUAAACAUGCAUCCAGAUACACAAACACAAACUGUAUAAACUCAUUAAUCAUCAUAUUUAUCCCAAAAUAUUAUCAUGUUUGCUGUUUUCAAACCCAGAGGAGCAGCAGGCCCACAGUUUGUGAUGCAGCGGCUCCACCUGCUGGAGGAAAGUCACACUGCAGGGAGGUUACACAAUCUAAACUUCGUUCAAUACUUCUGAGAUUGACACAUUUUGAGGAGUUUCAGGAAGCGUCAGCUGCUUUUGUUUCACUUUAAUUCCUUAUAACUUCUGAUUAGAUUAACAAUGAACAGGAAAUCGGUUGAGAAAAAACAAGAGAAAUCAAGUCGGUGAGAUCAGUUUUAGAGCUAAAUUCAUACGCAAGAAUGAAAAAUAACUCACUGCAUACUAAAACGAUUUUCAGCAAGUGCUAGAUUUGCUUUACUGUUUUUUUUUUUUGUACAAAUAAUGAUUAAAAAUCCCUCAUUAGGACAAAAAAUACAUAAAUGGACUAACUGAUUAACCUUUGAGCUGUAUGACGUCUGUAAAUAUCAGAAAAUGAUCAACAACAAUGUCAAUCUUGUGUAAAAAGUGAAAUAUGCAAACUUUUUUUUUUCUUCUGAAAACUAAACCGAGGCAGAACAUUUUGCAGUCUCAUCAGAUCAUGGCAGCGGCACUUUUAUUUGGUCAUUGUUGUGGUUCAAGUCUAGCAGAAAUAUUUGAUUUUUCAGUUUUUUUGUGCAAAACUCAAGUAGAUAAACAAAAAUGCAGAGAAGCACUGAUUAUAUCGUGUGUUUAUCAGUUUAAAUACAUCUAAAAAAAAGUUAAAGAUCAUCUUUAAAAUUGUCGUUUUGUCUCUAAAUUCAACAAAUAUUUGACUCAAAGUAAAAUCAAGAAUUAGACACAAAAAACUUUCACAUUUUCUGCUUCAAAAAUCACUAAAAACGAACUUAAUCUUCAGCUCUGAGUUAAACGGCUGUGUCAGUGUGCAGCUGCUCCUUCAUCCUCUUCAUUCACACAAACCGACAUAAACAGACACACACAGAUGCACACACACACACACGACAGAGGAAUAAUACCGUGCAUGUUGAUUUCUGUAAAAGACUUGGUUUGAUUUUCUUUUAAAAUAAAUAAAAAAUUGAACAGCGAUUAUUUAAUAAGUUAUAUUCAUGUAGCGGUGAUGGAAAUCUGUACAUGAACAAAGUUUUCUGUGUUCUCUCUAAUGUGUACUUUUACUGUUUUUCCCCUCCGGGCCUGUCGCUUCAUCACCCUCUCUGCUCACCCCAAAAAUCUACAGUGACAUUGUAAUUAAAAAAAAAAAAGAAAACAGAAACAGACGGGACAAUUUUCUGCCUUUUUGAGUAAAAAAUCAGUGAACGUAGAAGUCGAAAAAGUAAACCAUGCUGAGUCCUGUUCUUUAUGGGUUAAUGGAAAAACAACAUGUGGCUUAAAAGAAAUAAAAAGCAGUGCACUUUUUUGGAAAUGUAAUUUUUUUUAAACUGCUAGUGUCAAAGGUGUUUUUGUAAUGGAAAAAAAAAAACAAUUAUAACAAUUUACACAAUGCA